AUGGCAGGGAAAGGACAAAAAAUUGUCAGAAAAAAUAAUCGUGUGCACCAGUCUCUUCGAAGCAAAAAUAUGGACGCACCAAAGACAUAUGCUCAUGUCCUAGCGACUGUAGCUCCACCAAAAUCGCAGACUCAGACACGCAGUAAUACUCGACGUUCUGCAAAUGUUGACAAUCCUGCAAUUCAUCAAAACCCUACCCAUGGAAAUUUCGCUGUUCCUAGUGUUCCGCCUAAUAUUGGAAAUGCUGCUGGCCCUGGAGUACCUGUCAGACAUGAACAUUCUGCGCCCGGAAAUCGUGCUGCUCCUGGUCUUCCACCCAAUCCUGGAAAUCUUGCUGGUCCUGGAGUACCUGAAAUACAUGAACAUCGUGCUGCUCCUGGUCUUCCACCCAAUCCUGGAAAUCUUGCUGGCCCUGGAGCACCUGAAAUACAUGAACAUCGUGCUGCUCCUGAUCUUCCGCCCAAUCUUGGAAAUCCUGCUGGUCCUGGAGUACCUGAAAUACAUGGAAAUCGUGCUGCUCCAGGUCUUCCGCCCAAUCCUGGAAAUCUUGCUGGUCCUGGAGUACCUGAAAUACAUGAAAAUCGUGCUGCUCCUGGUCUUCCGCCCAAUCCUGGAAAUCCUGCUGGUCCUGCAGUACCUGAAAUACAUGAAAAUCGUGCUGCUCCUGGUCUUCCGCCCAAUCCUGGAAAUCCUGCUGGUCCUGCAGUACCUGAAAUACAUGAAAAUCGUGCUGCUCCUGGUCUUCUGCCCAAUCCUGGAAAUCUUGCUGGUCCUAGAGUACCUGAAAUGCAUGAAAAUCGUGCUGCUGCUCCUGGUCUUCCGCCCAAUCCUGGAAAUCCUGCUGGUCCUGGAGUACCUGAAAUACAUGAAAAUCGUGCUGCUGCUCCUGGUCUUCCGCCCAAUCCUGGAAAUCCUGCUGGUCCUGGAGUACCUGAAAUACAUGAAAAUUGUGCUGCUGCUCCUGGUCUUCCGCCCAACGCCGGAAAUCUUGCUGGUCCUGGAGUACCUACAAAUCCUGCUUGUCUUGGUGCCUCAAAAACUUUGUCAACUACCGACAAAAAGUUGAAAAAUCUGCAAAGGUACCACCGACAGCUACAAAACAAAGUAAAACGGCUUAUGAAGAACAACUUAGAUCAUGGUAUGAAUGCAUCAAAGCCAAACUCAGUCGCAUCACAGCCAGUGGCACCAGAGUUAGUCGCGUCACAAACACCUGUGCCUCAGUCAGUGUCACAGCCCGUCGCACCACCGUCGUUUGUGUCACAAUCCUUUGUGCCCCAGCCCGUCGCGUCUCCGUCAUUUCAGCCCCAGUCCGUCAUGUCAACGUCAUUAGUGCCCCAGUCCGUCAUGUUACCGUCAUUAAUACCCCAGUCCGUCAUGUCAACGUCCUUACUGCCACAGUUGUUGAUGCCGCAAUCAUUUAACGGUCAACAAAUGUUGCCCAAUAUGGAAGUGCCGCAGUUCAUUCCACGCAAUGUUAAUAACUUGAUGUAUCCGCAUCAAGCGCUUCAAGUUGCUGCAGCACAACUAUCUGGUCUGACUCGUGAACAGCAGUUGCAACAGUUGCUUCAGCAGCUGUUGUACAAUCCGCAGCUCAAUAUUUCUUUCCCUUAUUUUUAA